UUUUUUGGGGAUUUGAAGCACUGUCUGGAUCUUGAAUUUCGUUGCCCCCAACAUGGAUUAUGAUAUGUAAGAGAGAGCAAGUUGUUUUAGCGUAGAGGAGUCCACAGGUGUUGCUAAGCUGAUCUCCCAAAGGGGAAUGGAAGUGAGAUUCAGAGAAGUGGAACCGGAGAUGGAGGAAUUAACGAUAUUCGAGCAGCAUACUAUAACACUCAGCAAAGAUUCCAAGAUGGGGUUUGGCUUUGCGAUAUCAGGAGGCAGAGACCAGCCGAACCCGGACUCAGGGGACACAGCCGUGAUAGUUUCAGAUGUGGUACGGAACGGACCCGCUAUGGGACGGCUGUUCGUCAGAGAUCAGAUCGUCAUGGUCAAUGGCGUGUCAAUGGAGAAUGUCUACUCUACCUUCACCAUCCAGAACCUCAAGUCAUGUGGCAAAACAGCCAACAUAACAGUGAAGCGUCCUCGUAAGAUCCAUCUCCCCGCCAGCACCAGACCCUCGCGUGCUGCCUCCUACUCCAACCUGCUGGACCAGGACCCCCCACAGAGGCCCCGACGCUACUCUGAUGGUAGUGACCAGGCCCACAAAUUUGACCGCACCGCCCUCGACCGCAACGGAACCGCUCAUGCCCUGCCGCUAAGUUCAGGGUACAAACGGCUCCCACAGCAGGCCUUCCCAGACAAGCCAAUCAAAGCCACCCUGCUGAAGAAGAAACUCGCAGACGAGUAUGGACUGAAGUUGGGAAGCCAGAUCUUCAUCAAACACAUGACUGAGACGGGUCUGGCUGCCAAGGAGGGCACUCUGCAGGAGGGAGACCUCAUUCUCAAGAUCAAUGGGAUGACCACAGAGAACCUGUCCCUUCUGGAGACCAAGCACCUGGUGGAGAAGUCCCGGGGAAAGCUGACCAUGAUGGUCCUGCGAGACGACCGCAAGUUCCUGGUCAGCAUCCCAGAAGUGCAGGACAGUGCCCCCAACAGCGAGGAAGACCACCGCGGCAACAGCAGCUCUGAACUGGAGGACAUUUCAGACCUGGAUACAGACAUCCCCACUCCCAGAGACAGAGUGUCACGCUCUGCAACUAGAGAACGACGCACACGCAGAAGAGCUGAUCCUCCUCUAGUAGUUAAGUCACGUGAUCCGUCCCCGGUGCGGUCGACACUGUCCCGGCCUGUUGCUAAAGCCUACCCCUCUCACCGAGCCCUCUCAGAGUCUGAGUCUGACCGUAGUGCAUCACCCACUCCUGUCAGGAAGGACAGCCCAGACCACGCCAACAAAUACAGAACUCUUUCAGGGCUGUCCACCCUCCCCAACCCCAAAGCCUCACCUGCCGUCUUUGACUGGGUCGCCCCACGUUCCUCCCGUCCCUCCUCCUCCACCUUGAGACCUCGCAAAGUGGUGUCCGAGUCGGACUCGGACCGCAGUGCCUCCCCACCCCCCAGAAGAGGAGAGAGUUCCCGAGUCAUAGAGGACCACUCCAGAUACAGAGUGCUCCCUAACCUGCCCCACCCUAGGACACUGAGAGCCUCCCCCAUCACCAUUCGUCAGGAUCCUCCUCGACGGGUCUCCUCUCCUGUCAAAGCCCCACUCCCAGACUCAGAUUCAGAGUCAGACAGCAGCUCCGGGCCCGCCCACAGCCAGGACUCCCGGAGCAGAUACAGAGCCACUCCCUUGGUAGCCAUGUUUCCCCAGGUGGAGCCCCCCAAGUGGAAAGCCCCCAGUGUCACAAGGAGCAAUCCUGCUAAAGGGCACUCAGGAUCCGAGUCGGAGGCAAGUUAUGCAUCCGUCCCUCGACGGGAGUCUAUAGACAGUGGAGGCUCCAUCUCCAGGGUAUCCAAGAACAAAUACAGAGCUCUGCCUGAGAUGAAGUCUUAUCCAGCUCCAGUAGUGAGACAGGACCCCCCUCGACAAGGCAUGACCCCCUCCAGUCCAGUCUCAGGUUCCUCUGAUUCGGACCGUACACCCUCACCCCCUAGGAGGUCUGGGAGUACAGAUGUGGAGAGCAACCACAGUAUUCCACACAGAGUCAAUGGCGAUGUCCGCACUGGGAUAUCAAUGAAGAGCAACCCUCCAGUCUACUCCAAGACAGAGGAACCCCUCUACUCCCUACCCCCAGACUCCAUUCCUACACCUAGCUUGGGCUCAGAUCUGAACACAGUGUCGUUUGUGAAGGAGGGGAGCGUUGGUCUGAGACUGGUGGGAGGCAACGAUGUGGGCAUCUUUGUGGAUGGGGUUCAGCCCAACAGCCCCGCUCAGGAGCAGGGUAUGAAGGAGGGGGACCAGAUCAUGCAGGUGAAUGGGGUGGACUUUGGUUAUUUCAACCGUGAGGAAGCUGCAAUGUUCCUGAUCAACAUCAAGAGAGGGGAGCCGGUCAACAUCCGUACUCAGAACAAGAUGGACAUUUACAAGAAGAUCGUGAAGUCCAACCUGGGGGACUCGUUCUACGUCCGGACCCACUAUGACAAUGUGGCGGAGGGCGACAUCGGCCUAGCCUUCACCAGGGGAGAGGUGUUCAGGGUGGUGGACACCAUGCACAGGGGCAAGCUGGGAAAGUGGCUGGCUAUACGCAUGGGCAACGACCUGCAUGAGCUGGACAAGGGCACCAUCCCAAACCAGGUCAGGGCCGAGACUCUGGCCAGAAUGGAGCAGGCUCAGAGGGCCAGUGGAGAAGGGGAUCGCAAGGUAUCAGGGCCCAGGGUAGAGUUCUGGAAACUACGGGGGCUCAGAGGGGCCAAGAAUAACGUCCGCAGGACUUAUGAUGACCUGCUCCAGCUUACCAUCCAGGGCAAAUUCCCAGCAUACGAGAGAGUUCUGCUCAGAAAAGCUAAUUUCAAACGGCCAAUCGUCAUCAUGGGUCCUCUGAACGAUGUGGCCAUGGAGAAGCUGGCUAGAGAGAUGCCUGAUGAAUAUGAGGUGGCAGAGAUGGCUCCUCGUAGUAGUGGCGCAGAUACUACUUCCACGGUCAUCAAGCUGGACACAGUACGAAGGAUUGCAGAGAAGAACAAGCACCCUCUGCUGGACAUUACUCCUACUGCCGUGGAGCGUCUGAACUACAUCCAGUACCACCCCAUGAUUCUGUUCCUGGACCCACACAGCAGGAAGGACGUCAAGGUCAUGAGGCAGAGGAUGUGCCCCAACUGCAACAAGAGCUCCAGACGCCUCUACACACAGGCCCUCAAGAUGAGGAAGCACUGCAGCCAUCUGUUCACAGCUCGUAUUGAUCUCCAGCCCAGCUCUAAUGUGUGGUAUGAGACUCUGAAAGACCAGAUCAGACACCAGCAGGCCAAACCUGUCUGGGACUCAGAAGUCACGUUGGAGGGAGGCGGAGAGGAGGAGCUGGAUGCAUUGGACCGGACCCACUCGGACUACCUGAGUGCUGCCAGCGAACUGGAGGACACAGACGGAGAGGUCUACACUGAUAAUGAGGACCUGGAGGAACCAUUUGAUCCCAGCAAUCAGCCCCGGAUGUCCAGGCUCACCGCUCUGGCCCGGUCUUCAGAGCCUGCCUCUGAGUACCCCUCCCCCGAGUCCCUGAGAGAGGUUCCACCCCUGAUGCAUGUGUCUGAGCCCAGAUCGACCCGUCGUCCAUCUGACAGCCCUCCCCACGUUGACGUUGCUGAUGAAAUCCGACCCUAUCAUAGCUUCUCAGAUUCGGACUUCAGGGCCAUUGACCAGGCUGUUCCGACCACCCCCUCGGACACACCCCCUGACUUCAUAGCCCCUGACCCCAGAGUCUCUGUGCCUGAGCCCCCAUUGGCUGAACUGCUGCCAGAGAGCCCCCCAGCUGUCACACUGUCAGUCAUAGAGAAGAAACUUCAACAGACCCGUAUGGCAGAAUCUCAGGAGAGGAAAGCGUCUCCAUUGUUCAUUGUGUUGGCUCACCACCAGGCUGUCCAAACGAGACGCACUCGGAUCCGAGGCAGUGACAGCUCUGACAAUGAAGAGACUGAUGACAUCGAGUGGGGUCCAGCUACAGAACUUUAGAUUAGAGCACACCAUUCCAGAACUAUAACUCUAGAGUGCACAGACAACGGCCGUGUUCGAGAGCAUCAAAACCGUGAUGUGACUGACUGAUCUACAAAUCAUAAUCAGUCGCUAUUUAUGAUAAGGUUCAGUCAUUCGGCAGUCGCCUGCACAAACAAGGCAAUAGCCUCUUAAAUGGGAGAUGUGAAAUGCUCUCAACUUCAACCUUCAAGGAUCACUUGGUUUGUUUUGUCCUUCUGUUGGACCAACAUCUUCUUUGGAGAGGUAAGUUGGAGGGCCAAUUCUAGGGCUGCCUUCAGACAUGGGAAUUUAGGCAAUGGCAGACCAGCGCUCACACCUUUCUUUGUCUAAUUCCAAGAGAGGAAGAUGUUUCAUUUAGCUGGAAAUUCUAAUUUAAAAAAUCAGUGUUUUUGUAUUUCUACAACUUUUUUUUUUUAAUGCAAUUUUUAAAAUCAAAACGACAACCAACAACUUUGCUGUCAAGGAUGUCAUUUGAACAAAAAAACAUUUUAAAGCUGGAAUCCUAAAUUAAAACAAGUGGUCAUCCCACCUUUUUGGUAAAAAGGAGUGCUAUGUAUGCAAGGACUGACCAUUGAUUAUCUAAAAAUAUAUAUAUAUAUAGUUAACCAUAUUGAGGCUUUUCAGUGUUUUAGAUUUACUUUGUCAACAAACCAUGGAGUAUAACAAGCUUAUAUUUUAGGUUCUGAUUGGGUAUGUGAUAUAUGGCCAGUUUACCACGGCUAAGGGCUGUUCUUAUGCGCAACGUGAUGUGCCUGAAUGGGAAAUGCUCCAAAACAAUUAUGGACAUUCACAGAACACUGGAUAUAUUGAAGCUCAAUUUUCUAUCCUGCUUCAUUUCUGUUAAAAUUACUGAUUUUUGUAAAGAUUUGGUUCAUUAAAGAUUACUGAUAUUGCAAUGAAUAUCUGCCCUUGUCAUUGUUUUUCAUUUCUAGAACAGAAUAGAAAAUCAUCACCUUGUCCACCCAUAACUAUUUGUAAUGUAACAUCCCUGUAUUACAAAUAUCUUGAUUGAAUAAUCCAACACGUUUCUGGAUAAUGAAACUCAGUUUAGCUGUGAUACAUGAUGACAAUGGCAGACCGAGCACAUAUUAUAUUAAAGGGAUAGUUUAACCAAUCUGUCAUUGAAUCAUUUGUCUUUCUAACCCUGUAAGCAGUCUAUGGACACUGUAUGACAGCACUGUUUUAACAUGCUCGCGUUUCAGUUGUUGCAGAAAUUGACCCACGAUGCUGUUUACAUUCUGCAUCUUUUUUCAGUUAAGGAUUUUAAAGGUUUUCACCCCUUCCAUGUAUAACUUCUUUAAAAAAAUAAAAGUAAAACCUCUCCCUGUCAUAUCAUACAUGUUGCCCCCUUCCCUGCUCUGUCCUCAGGAUUGCAGUUAGAGCAGGACAAUAAGAUGAGUCCCAUUUAACCUGGGCAUCGUGUUUGGCCCCUCUGAUGUGGCCCCGGCCCACAGUGUCCCUGUCCUCUCUUGUGGACUACCCCCACCAGGCCCACAUCAUAGAGACUCUCAGUCUUUUACACAGCCAUCUUCCAGUCCUCCAGCAGUCACCCAUUCUCCACCCAACAGACUCGCUGCGGGUAUAGAUGAGAACAGCAGUGCUGCGGUAGCUGAUGUAGAGGAACAGGAUGCCAAUGAGGAACAGAGCAGAACAGACUGACAAUAUGGAGGGCUGUGGCAGUUCUCCAGGCUCCCUGGGUUCCAGUGAGCAAAUGGUGGACUCUGACUCAGAGCUGGAUGAGUGGGAGGGGGUCCAAGUUAAGUGUACUUCCAGUCUGGUGGAUGUUACCACGAAUCUUGGUUUUAACUUUGGCAUUAGUCAUGUAAUACUACAUGACACAUUCAUCUUGGACACUUGGUUAUAGCUGUUUUCUGUCAGCAUUAAUUCUAGUUAUAACAAGCUGAUUUAAUAUUGAAAAUAAUCUAUUUAAAAAGUAUUUACAUUGCUUGAACAGUGAGUUAUGUCUUGUGUGAUUUAUCUAAGAUAAUUAUUCCAGGUAUUCAAAGUGCUGCUGGUUUUUAUUUCAGCACUAAAAUCCAAAAAAUGCAUCUUUAGAUCUUAACUUAUGUUGGAUGUAUUUGUCUUUAUCUGCUGAAUUCACUGUUUUGACACUGUCAGUAAUAAAGAGAAUUCUAUUAAUGUUGA